AUGUCCGCUGCUAGGGUCGUUCUUGUCAUCAUUCAAGCCCUAUGCAAUCACUUCGCCUGCACACCUCCGAACCCUACGCCGUCGAAGGGUCGUUAUCACACCGAUGAAAUGUAUAUCCUCCAAAUAGCGCCAUUAAUUUUCAAAUGCCAUCAAUUCAUUGCUUGGGGCUGUGCCGUUUUUGAAGUUCUCUUCUAUCUCAGAACCACGGUCCCCAUCUCCUCACCAGCGCCGUUUGCCACCUCCAUAGUUUGCCUUCCAGAGCAGCCUAACGUCCGCUUGACACCUUUUUUCGUCAUUGGCGUUCUAGCAGUCGUUCUAGGAGCGUACAUCCGCCUGGACUGCUUCCGCACGCUAGGACAAAUGUUCACCUUUGAUCUGACAGUCCAUCCCGACCACAAGCUCGUCACCUCUAGGUUCUACGCGUACGUCAGACAUCCCGCCUACACAGGCUCUCUUCUCCUUGUGUUUGGUCUGGCGUUCUCCCACCUCACCAGGGGAAGCUGGAUGACGGAGUGCGGUCCGUUGAGACCGACCGGGAGCGCCAUUGUUGUUUGGGCCGUUUGGUGGUUGUGGACCUUUUGCGUGGGGAUAAGCAGGGCAGAUGCUGAGGAUAGGCAGAUGAGAAAACUAUUUUCGGAUGAAUGGGACCUCUACGCGGCGGACGUUCAGUGGUGGUUUUUCCCUGGACUCAUCUGA